AAAUGCUCUAUAAAAGCGCUCUUCCUUCUUGUCACUUCCAACUCUGAGAAAGUGAAGAGAAAACGCGAGAAAAAAAUUUUAAGGAAAAAAAAAAGAUGGGCGAAGAUGGAUUUUCGCAAUGUCCCAAACACUAUUCAAAACGCGGUUUUGUAGGCGUUUGCCCUUUCUGCCUCCACGAAAGACUCUCUUCCCUAUGCCCCGACUGUGCUAACGAUGUCCCAUGUUCGUGUAGCUCACGCGCCGCAGUUUGUUUCUCUCCGUCGUCUUCUUCGUCGUCCUCCUCGUUCUCUCUCUUUGGUGGAGAUAUUACUUUUAGUUUCUCCGGGACCAGGUCCGUAAGUCAAGUGGCGAGUUUGAUUGAAUGCGAACCGAUGUUUCGGAGAUCGAAAUCGAUGGCGGUUCCGAUUAAACCGGAUACAGUUGUCGAUUCCGGGUCAGAUUUUGAACUGGGUCGGGGUCGGAGCAGGAAAACGUUGUCGUUUUGGAGGAUGUUGAUGGGAAAUAAAGGAGGAGAAACGAAGCCGGCGAUCAUGAGGAAGUCGAGAUCCGUUGCGAUUGUCGGAGAUUCAGAAUACCCUCCAGCUCCGGCGACGGGAAAAGGGAAAGGGUGGAGCUUUCCGAGCCCGAGUAAGGUUUUCCGGCAAUCGAAGAUGAUAUUUCAACAAAGGUCUCCAUUGUACAGAGGUUGAGAUUUCUUGUUAGUUUCUUAUUGUUUUGUUUAUUUGAGUUUACAGCAGGUUAUUAGUUUGAUCAUUUACAUCUUUCUCAAGCUCUUGUAUUUGAAAAUGGAAAAAGUUAAUUUCUUGAUUUUUUUUAAUUGUCACCCGAUAUGGUUCGUGUUUAUAAACUGUGUUAUAGUUUAUGUUAUUCUGCAAAUUCU